AUUGAUAUGUAGAAAUUAUACCAGCUCCCAGUUCGUACAUAGUUAAUGUUCCUGUGAACUUAAUUUAAUUUGUUAGUUCCUUUGGAUUCUUUGCUUACAUUCGCUUCUCAUCAGGAACUUAAAGUAUGGCAUUAAAUGAAGAAGAUAAAAAGUCGGUGUUUUCAAGGAUCUCCAGUCAAUUUCAAACAGUACCCUGUUCAAGGACUGCCUUCAUGUACGGACUGCUGGGGGGAUUUGGAGCUGGACUAACAAGUUUCCUCAUGACCAGUCGCGUAAAAAGAUCCUCAGACAUUGGCGUGGGCGUUUUCACAAUGACAACGUUGCUUACCUUUGGAUACUGUCGAUACACUAGAGCCAAGCUACGCAUGGUGCAGAGAAGAUAUGAAGAAUUGCAAGGAAUUGAACCCACAGAAGUUUCAUAUGGACCAGCCGGAGGACUCAAGUGAACAGUGCCAAGCAUUAUCCUGGUUUCUGAUUGGCUAUUAUAGGACAAGGGGCGUCCAGUAACCAUUAUCCUGGAUUCCGAUUGGCCAUAUGUAGGAUGAGGGGUGUCUUGUAACCAUUGUCCUGGAUUCUGAUUGGCCACCAUGUGAUAAGGGGCAUCCAGUAACCAUUAUCCUGGAUUCUGAUUGGCCACAAUAAGGAGUGUCAAGUCAAGUAACCAUUAUCCUGGAUUCUGAUUGGCCACGAUGAGGGGUGUCUUGUAACCAUUGGGAGUUGUAUGAAAACUCCUUAUAUGGACAUACACGUGAUUGGAUGAACGGAAUACCGUUUGUUACAGAGGCCUGUUGUUGUGAAGGGUCAGUGGUUGCCAUGUCAACUUUGACAAGGACAAAAGUGUCCUUUCCUGCGGCAAAAAUAUAAAAGUGCAAAGAAGUCUCUUGUAAAGAGAAAUAAACACAACACCAAAAUCAUAACAGUGGCUUGUAGCUUGCUUUUGUUUAUUGGUAAAACUUUCUCCAACAAAUAUUUAACAUAAUUUAUUGAUUGAAGUCACAGUCAGUGUGUGUCAAUGCAGCUUUUGCUUGAGAAUAUGUCUCUAGGGUUGGUAGAAUAUUCUUGCAGUGAGUAACAUUCGUGAAAUGUAGUGACAAGGGGAAGGGAUAACAUCUUCAUUUGUAACGGACGGAGAUAUCCUCAUUAAAGAUAAACCUAAUGCAAUAGCUAAUACUCUGUGCUUGAACUGUACACAUGGUACAUGUACAGAUGGCGCUUGAUAUAAUACUUGUCACCAUUCACGAGGGCUUCAGUGGGGCCGGGGAGACAGAGCACGUGUGCGUACUGGUUCAGGCGCGCAUAUGGCGUAAAUUUGGCACAAUUUGUUUAUUAUUUUGAAUGUGCAC